AUGGGUCCGUCCGCUCCCAAGACAGGCCAGGAGCCAUCAAAGCCGUAUGAAGCGAAACCUCCAGAAUGGGUUACUGGAGCCACUAGAGACGGGGAUUUAGGAUAUCAUGGAUAUUUUCCGCCACGACCAGGACAGGACGAAGAUAUUCUUUCGGAUAAUAACAUCCUGUAUGGAUACACAGAACCUCAGUUUGUGACGGGCGAGUUAUGGCAGGGAACAGAUACCUUUAGGGGUGUCUUUAAAGAGAAUGGCAAGAACGGUCUCGAGUCGUUGCAAGAAAUCAUGGAGAAAGUGAUGGCCAGACGGGCAGAGCUACACGCUGGCGUCGAUGCGAAUUCGUUCAAGUUGCCAUCGCGCGUGACGCUCACUGGUGACAAGCGGACUGCUUGGUUCAAAGAUCUGGCCGACCCGAACGUCUCGUUGCAGAAAAUAGCAAAAAGCGCCGUGAUCACCUCAAAGAGUCAAGAAACACUUGAGAUGCUUUACGUUAACAAUACUCCGCCCGACCGAACGGUCUGGUAUAUUCGGGCUCUGGCUGUCAUCGAAGUGUACGGAAGGAACAAGACGAGCACUCAACCGAGCACUGCGACCGACUGGACGAAUGUCAUUACUGGAUAUCUGAAGAAGCAACUCGUGGAAAUUGGUAUCACAACCGUACGAACAGGCUCCAAUAUCAAGCAAUCAUUCAGGAAGUCGAAGUUGAGCGAGGCUGAUAGCAGAGAGAACUGGGUUUCCCGAUUCGCGUUCUCACUCGAUAUUCUCCGACUUUUGUUCGAUGGUGACCUUCUCGAUCAGCCUACCUUUCUGGGUUGGAUUGCGGCUAUGGCAAGUCCUUCCGAGGGUCUGGGGCCACAUCAAUUUGUUUUCCUCUCUCGUAUCAUCGACGAAUACUUUGAUGUGGUCGCCUCUAAUCGAGCGUUUGCAACUCCGGUUGUCGAAGGAUGCCUUGCUCAGUGGGCCGAGAUCGAACCUUCACCUCUGCGGCAGCAUGGGGCAUUCGUUCUCAAUGAAAUCGCGCGUCUGGUCCUGCGCUUCCUCUGUGUUGAUACGGACUGCUUCUUGAGUAGGCAUAUCCUCUCGAAUCAUUCCGCGGCGUUGUCUGCAAUGGUCGGUCACGCCCUGCAACUCCUUGAUCCCGACAGCCGGCUUGCAAUGCAAGAUAUCUCCAUGCGAAGACUAAAGUUGCUUACGGAGCGAGGCAAUGCCAUUCUUCAAAUGCAAAUCCCGCCCGAUGAAGAAGCUCAAGACGUCGAAAUAUGCUUGGAAGACAUCAGUACCUUGAACACGAUAGACACUACCACUAACCUGAUAGAGCUAUCCUUUCUGCCGAUACCUACGCAAACUCCGACCGGAGGCUUCGACUUCAAAUUAUUUUCACGACGGCUCAGUACGCUGCUAUCGUGGUCCAUACAUCCAGAUCAAUCAGGCGAUUCGGAAAUACGACCGUAUCUGGCCAGUGCCUUGAUCCUACUGUGGCGACAAAGCGUUGCCACUGUUGUGCCUAACGUCGGGCAAACGUUGCAGCGCCAUCUUUUGACCUGGCUCGAAGGGAGAGGAUUGGUCCGCCCACUGGCUGAAAUUGCCGACUCGAGCUUGGGAGACAGUCCAGAGGAAGUCGAGAAGAUGAAUGCUACCCUAACAUUGUUCGGAGAACUCGUUCAUCGACGUUUAUUCUCGUUCUCAGAUUAUCUCACACGGAUGGCAUCUUUUGGUCAAAUAUCCUCAUCCCCACCUCGAGGUGUUUCCUCAUCACCUGCGGCAAUGACCACUCCUGGAGCCUGCACCGCGAAUGCUCUAUCGCGGCAUCUGGAACUUUUACGGUGCAUCCCUCUGUGGGACAAGGUCUCUGAGCAGGUACUCAAUCAAAGAAAGAUCGUGCUCUAUGGCAUCCGGGCCCGCAAGACCGCAGACGAUGCGACGGAAAAGGAAAUCCGAGCCGAAAUUCGGCGUGUCUUGCCGAUAUUCUUCAAUGGUCCUCCGACCGAGAUCCCUUUCUCAAUGGAUCAACUCCCAACAAGUCUUUCGGCGUCCAAAUUCGUACGGGUUCGCGUGCUUCACCAUUGGCUCUUCGACUUGGUCAAAGACUACAUCGCUCGUGUAUCCCCAAUGGCGGACGUUCAACAAGCACCUUUACUCUCGCUCCCUAUCUAUACGACUUUGGUGCAGAUAUUCAUCAACACAGGGUGCUACCGGACUGUCUGGGAGCUCAAUCAAGCCUUACUCCUUCAUGUGACGGAUAGGGAGCUCUUGGUAGCUAUCCUGAGCUGUCUGCGGUGCUAUCUGGAUCUCUGGGUCGGCAUGCUACUUGUUGACAAGAUUUCAAAUGCGCUUCUCGACGCACAUGCUCGACUCAAGGAGCAAGUACGGCAGCCACCUAGAAGACUCCUCUUGCUUCUUUCAGAAUUGAAGUCGUCGUGUGUACUCUCCGAGCCUGUAAAAGGAAGGAUAGACUUUGAACUAGAACAGUUCGAGGAGUCGCAAAAGCUCUUGUUCACCGACUCUUCGUCGUCAUCUCCUGCACCUCCACUCCUCCCACCCAUCAAAGCGGUCAUUGAAGAGAACUCUUUGGCCAAGCCGGUGGAUCUUGCAUCAAUACUAUGGCACAAAAACAAGACACAUGCAGACUGGGGACUCGCAGCAUGGCAGGCGACGAUCAUGGCCAUUUGUACCUGUAAAUGGGAUCCAUCGUUGACAGAUGCAGAAAUGGCCGAUCGCUUCGCAACAUUUGUCUGGCAUAUUGAUGCUCAUCUACCGCAUGGGAUUGGCGACACUGUCGCAACGUGGUUCGAGACCACCGGCGCCACGUCCCUGCUGUCAAUUACCGACAAUUGUUGGGAUAUCAUCAAAAUCAUGUGUUACAAGAUGCUCCUCGACUACAUUGUCACACCCAAGACCGUUCUUUCCGGGCUCAUCUACCCAGCCGUCAAGGCUGCUGUGGCCAACCAACUAGAACAUCCUUCCGACACGAUGGCGCCAUAUCUGCAACGAGCUCUGGAUCUAUUCAAUCUCGUUACGAGAUGUGAUUCCCCAGUGAUGAACCUGUACUCGGAGCAGUCCCCGAUAUUCAUGCUCGACGCUCUCUGUUGUCGUGCUCGUUGCUUGCACGCGUCAAACACUGGGGCUCUGUUGGACGUCCUAUCAGACUUGACGUUGAUCGAAGUCAUGUCUUCUGAUGGAAGUGAUCAGCGGAUGCGAUUAGAGCAGCUGAGAUAUGGUGUCCAAAGCGACCCCUAUCUCAAGGCUCAGUUGCUAUCUCGAGCUGAUCUCGUCUACAACGCGUUCGAAAGGAAUCUUCGUGGUCAUCAAGCCUAUAGUUCGCGGUUGAUUGUGCGGCUUCGGUCACUACUUGACAGCCGAGUGAGCAGUGCGAUUACACCAGAGAAUGCAACUAUAGAAACAUGGGCAACCGCAUUGAACGCCGUCAGUGUCUGGACAUUCCCAACCCUCUCAGUGGAUAUAAGACUUCUUCGGGCGCUUGUCAACGAUCCAAAACCAAAUAUACAGGACAAUCCGUCGGUUACGGAGAUCGACCGGGACCGAAUCCGAGAAAACCUUGCUACAGCUUUGCUAGAUCAGAAGCUCUCGCCAGCAGAGACAGCGCUUCUGCAGGCUCUGCUAAAGGAUGCGAUACCAGCGUUAUGCUGCAAGAUCGUCACCCAUGGCUUCAAACGCCUCGCAAGUCUGCUCGAAGUUCCGCAUGAGGGUGGUAGCCUGGAGCAAUUAUUGGCUUUCUCCCGUCCCCUAAACCAAACACUUCGACUCAUGCUGACGUUUGGACGCCUGAGGGGCCCUAUAUCUCCAACCCAAGACUUGACAUCCCUCCAAGACACGUUCCUCUCGAGCUGGAUGGCAAGAACUUUACGCCUGCGGUCCACAAUAAAUUCUGAAGAACGAAAAUUGGGUGGGCGUGAUGUACACAAGGUGCUAGACGCCAUCUGCCUGAUGCUUCGAGCCCUCCACUUUUUCGACGAGGUAGCAGGGCCAGAUCUUGGACCCAAGACGAUGGAACUUGUCACCGAACUCAUGGAGCUGGCAAUCACUGUUGGAGGAGCGGCUGUCUACGACGAAAUGACAUUCAACAUUACAGUAGACACACUGUGUAUCCUCUACGAUGACUGCAAGAAGGAAACAAGGCCACAGAUUCUUCGAGCACUCAACGAGCGUUUCUCGCUCACUUCUCUCCCACCCCAACUACCCGCGCAAUCUCGAAUACGUCUCGGACGACUAGUUCCAUUUGUGCCUCGGGACAAAUAUGGCGCCAAUCUUGCCUUUGCCCAGCGCGUCGAUGGCGUACUCGAACUCAAAUCCCAAGCUCGCGGGCGACCAUGGGAAUGGACGGACAACAUUGACCCCGUCGAACCUCCGGGCAUCCUCAACACUCGUAUAAAAAAUACGUCCGCCGUGCCCCUCGAGCUCUUUGAAGUGGUGUCUAAAGGCGAAUCCAUCCUGCCUGAAUCGUUUGCUCACGAGGUGACCGGCAAGUCGGGCGAUAUCUGGUCAUUUAGAGACACGCUCGCAUCCGAGGGGCUGAUGAGCCGCGCGUGGCGCGAGUCCCGUGGGGCAUGGGACGCACGAAGCCUAGAUGGUACGGGAAGCGACCGAGAUCGUGUAGCGGGGAGUGGAGGCGCAGGAGGCGGUACGUCGUCUUCGAUGCGUGGGCACUCGCCUGCAGCGGCGUCGUCGUCGGCACACCUGUCUACGUCGUCGAGAAUGGCGAGUCCGUCCGUGGCGAUGAACCCUAUGGCGGUUCCUCCUAGUCGUAUGCAGCCGCUUUCGAUGCCUACGGUGGAGACGAUCAUUGCCGAGCCCGUUGUCGAAUCGUCCAACGAGGCUGGGAGGGGAUUGAAACGCAAAGCCAGGCUAGAUGAAGAAGAAGGGGAAGAUGAUGAUAUCAUUAUGCUCACUGAACGGCCGGCUGUUGGUGGCAAAACGACGCAGAAGAAGCCCAAGGCGAAAACAAAGAGCAAGAAGUGA